UCCUAAUCGCCAAUUCGAAAAAUAUUUGAACACAUUCGAGAAACAGUAUUUUUUUCCCCGUCUACAUUUCCUUCCCGUUCAUGGCAAUAUAACGAGAGUCUACUGUACCUUAAUUCGUCAAAAAUAGUACCGUUCACGCAACUGUGUUCCAUUCCUAUAAUUAAACCGCCGGUGUAUAGAUAGCUUGACGGUUUCCGAGCAAACUCAGUAACCAUCUAGUUUUCUCGUUAUUCCACAUUUCAAUUACAAUUUUUUAUUUCUAUAUUAAAAAUAAUGAAAAUUGAUAUUUCAUAAACGAAACUGUGUUGCUCUUCUCUUGACUUGUGAAUAUUACAUCGGUCUCUUAUCAGUGAAGGGACCAUGGAAUCGCAGACGGAAGGAGUAUGUCCGAUCUGCAACGGUCACGCAACACUGAAAUGCAGCGGUUGCAAGCAGCAAUUUUAUUGCAACAAGGAUCACCAGCGACAAGAUUGGAAGCGACACCGAUCCGUGUGUCAGGCAUGGGAGAUUCACGAGGACUCUGAACUGGGUAGACAUUUAUUGGCAUCGAGGGACCUGGAUCCAGGCGAUGUGGUCUUGUCGGAGGCCCCAGUGGUUUGGGGCCCUGCUCUGCACGGGGACGAUCAAAGACUUUGUGUGGGAUGCGGAAAACAAUGCAAAAGUAGCAGCACCAGGUGUAAUAGCUGUGGCUGGGCAGCAUGCAAGAUGGACUGUCCUGGUCUGACAGAUAAUACUACACAUGGGUUGGAGUGCUCGUAUCUUAUCAAAACCGCGAUAUUUCCUAGAUCAGAUGUUUUACUGGUGAUCCGUAUGUUACUACUAUGGCGCAAAAAAUCUAAACAAUGGAUGGCUUUAGAAAAAUUGCAAAGCCAUGAUGAUUCUCGUGGUCCUGGAACACAGGCGUACGAAGAAGCCAUGAAUAUGUGUGAACAUAUUCAACGUUUUUUACCAGCAAUCGGUGCUGGUAAAGAAAUUGUUGCCAAAAUUUGUGGCUUGAUAGAUGUUAACGCGUUGGAAACCGCACCUCCUAGAGGAUGUGUUGCCAUUUAUAAUACGGCUUGUCUUUUGGAACAUUCUUGUGUCGCUAACACGAGACACAGCUUUUCAAUCGAUGACAAAGGAAGACCAAAAAUUACGGUCAAAGCACUUUGUUCUAUUAAAAAAGGGGAACAUUUGAGUACAAUGUACACCCAUGCCCUGUGGGCAACGAGAGCCCGAAGAGCUCAUCUACUGGAGACAAAAUACUUUUCUUGUCGUUGUAAACGGUGCGCCGACCCAACAGAGUUAGGAUCACAUCUCGGUACUUUGAGAUGUCCACACGAUAAUGGUUUUAUUUUACCAAAAGACCCGCUGGACUUCGAAACAGACUGGGCCUGUGAUUCGUGUCCCGGUGUUCUCACAGCGUCGGAAGUGAUGCAGUUCACCGGAAAAUUGGAGGAAGAUGUCGACGAAGUUAUGUAUCAACCGAGCAAGAACGCUUUGAUCGAUCUCUAUUCCAGACUCACAACAUUGUUGCAUCCCAGUCAUCAACAGUGCAUCACCGUUAGUCAUUCGUUGAUUCAACUACUGCCCGCAAGUGACCCAAGAAAAGCCGAGCUGUGCAAACGUGUUAUGGAAACAACCAAAUUGUUGGAUCCUUACGGGGCGAGGGUUGCAUUGUACACGGCUGUUGCUUUAAGAGAAUUAUCCGCUUGUCCGGGAGAAGACAAGAAGGAUCUUUUAGAAAAAGCGUUGUCCCUGCUGCAAUACGAGCCGGAGAAUUCGCCUGGUCAUAAGCUUAGGACGUUAAUAAAUACCGAAUUAAAAUACAUGUAAACGUUUUAUGACCGUGAUUAUGUGAUUAAUUUUUGUUAUAUUGGGUUGACCAGAAAGUUUUGUCACUUUGUAAGAUAUUUUUAUUUGUUACAUUUUAAACGUUAUACAUUAAAUCUUAUAUUCUACAAUCUUACUAUUGUAUGUAAAACUUAUAUUAAUUGUUUGACAAGGUGAAUUAUUGUUAAGGCCUUUUAUUAUUGAACAUUUAUACUGUUAU